AUGUUGUGUAGGGCAGUUCGAUUUAUCGAUGGCAAUUCGAUUGAACUGAUAAAAAUUAGAGAUGGUCGCUUGGCUUUAGUUGGAGGUAAUCCGGCAGAGCUUAUUGGUUACUGGAACAGAAAUGAGAUAGACGAAGUGAAUUUCGGACAGAAUGUGAUGCAUUUCAAUGGAGUUGAUUGCAGAGCUGAAGAUAUGGGUAUAUUUGCAUUAAUCUGUGGUCAAAUCCAACCAUUAGCACAUUUUUUCAGUCUGUCGAUGAGACCGGGUUCGUUGAUAUCAUAUUUGAAUCGAAAAACAGCUGAUGGUGCGUGGAUGAACACGAUACCGACGGGUAAACUGAACACCUCGUCGCAUCUGAUCACUUCUACUGACGUUAACCCGCAUCCGCUCAUAAGCAAUCAUGUCACGGAACGAUCGUUCUCAUCCUUUCCAUCGGCAAUUUUAUCUCGUAAAGGUUCUUCAUCUCCUUCGAGUGCAUUGAAGAACUGUAUAACUUACGUGAACAUUUCGGGUGGGAAUACGGUAACAACGAAAGCGAAUUGUGGUAUUCGUCGUGCUGCUUCAGACAUGCCCUAUUAUAUGAAUGUUAACAACGAUUCAUCGCAUUACAAUUCAUUUUCAACAGCACGACAUUUAUCAGCGAGCAGUAUCGCGAUGAAUGGAGGCUUGCAUUCAUCGCUUAGAUCAACAGCCAGUGAACGUUGUUCAGCAUCCGCGUUGAUACCGACAAGUCGUGCGGGUGCUGUUGAAACAGUUUUGGAUGAGGAUUGUAAAACAGCAACAAGCACAGGUGCAUUGGCUACUGUGAAUGAAAACAGAGGAGCAGGCAAAUACGUUAGACAACUGCAAAAAACAACCAGAAAUCGUGGUCGUGACGCGGCAGAUUUCAAGGAUAAAAGUCGUUUAUCUCAACACCAACGUUCAAGAUCGGUUGGUUUAGAAGCAAGCGUGAAACGUUCGGGAUCAACGCGAGAAGAGAAUUGGGAUCGUGCUAAAAGAAUUAUUGGCGGCGUGAGGAAAUCAGUGAAUAGGAAUGCGAUGAUGAUUCAUGUCCUGUCUAAUGCUAAUGCACUUGAAGUGUCGAGUUCGCAUGCAGUCGAAGAGCUCCCCAAAUUGGAUGUAUCAGUUUGUAAUGCUGACAAUACUCCAAACAAUGUAGCAUCGACAGUGUCGCUACAAGGAUCGAGCUCUAUUCCAGGUCUUAUUAAAUUACCACCUGAAAGAUUCGCUUUGAAGAAGAUGGGUAAUAUCUUCACGAAAAAUUUACGAAAAUCCAUUACUGGCUCUUACUCGAAAUACGAUGGUGAACGGGCAACACACCAUUAUAAUCCAGGCAAUGCGGCUGCGGAAUCACCUUUACCAGCUGUAUUCGACUGCCUCGAAUCUGCUGUCAAUAAAGGACGAGCUCGUUUGAUUGAAGCAGACAGAAGAAAUUCCAGCUUUGCUGAGGGCUUGCAUUCAACAGCAGUAAAGUCAUCGAUGCAGAUGCAACCUCGUCGCUAUACACUCUCAAGUAAAGCAUGCGCUUCGGGUCAACCCUAUCAGAUGUCAAGUGCCGCUGUUGAAAAGCUCGAAUCUAAUGCGGAUUCUCAUCAUCCUCCCGCCAAUACAUGCUACUAUAGUCCUCUACAAAAGACAAAUCCUAAUAUCAACGAUAAACCACCACCACUUCCACCAAGGACUUAUCUAAAGAACAAAGUAAGAUUGAAGCAACUGCGUCAGUCACAACAGAAAGUGAAUGAUGAAGCUACUGUUCGAUCAAAAACUGAUGAAAGUGUUAAUUUGCCAUCACAAUCAACUACAUCUGUCAACACAUCGACAGUGCGCCGUCCGUUGCAGGGCAGUUAUUGUACAGUUGUUUCACCUUCAUCAAAUAAUAAUACACGCUUAUCAAUAUCUGCCAAUACUUCAUCGUCGGUACGUCCGUCGUCUCAAAAAUCAGCACCAAUAUCAUCGAUUCAUCAAGCUCAUACAGUUUACACUCAAAUUGAUCCCAUUGCUACGAUGGCUGCCACACAGACACAAGCGGAUAUGAUGAAAGAACGUGAGAGACACGUUCCUCAGCAGCAGCGUUUGAUCACUCAAAGUGUAUAUGCAUCGGAUCGUUCUCUUGGUUCGCGUUCAAAACGAAAUAUUAACAGCGAUGAUCGAACGAACUCGAUCAGCACUAAAAGAUUCUUCUCAAAGCACAUCUGGCGAAAGCCAUCUAAGUCACACUCACAUUCGGACCUCCGUUUUUAA